AUGAUGUUGCAUUUGGAAGAUUCACAAUCAACUAAGAGUUCGUGUGAGAAGGUGAGAAACACAAUAGAUGCUUUCUGUAAAAUUUCGGGAGAGGCAAUAAAUAUUGACAAAUCCUGUGUCAUCUUCAGCCCGAAUACUCCUGAGUCUGUGAAGCAUGAACUCAAACAAGUACUUGGUACUCCUUGUUCGGAAAAAUUGGGGAAAUAUCUUGGAUGUGAUGUGGAAAUUGAUGGACGAUCAUCUAAAGAUUUUCAGCCCCUAGUUGACAAAAUUCACAAGAAAACUCUAUCAUGGAAGCAUUUAAGUUUAUCUCAAGCAGUAAGGUUGGUCCUUAUCAAUGCUAUUCUAGCAGCCCUUUCUUCAAAUGUGUUGGCUGUGUUUAAGGUUCCAAAAAAGAUUACUGUUCAGAUAAAUGCAGCACUAAUGAGGUACUGGUGGAUGGGGUCUGCUAAUAAUAGAGGUAUACGUUGGACUAAGCGUACUAUUUUGGAACUACCUAAGGGAUUGGGAGGUGUAGGACUGCGCAAUGUUGAAACAUAUAACAAAGCUUCUCUAGCUAAGCAAGCUUUCAGAAUUCAAAAUACCCCAUCACUUUUAAUUUCAAGAGUUAUGAAAGCUGCAUACAAGAAUUCCCCUGUUGAAGCCAUUUUAAAUAAAGACAUUCAUUGCAGAGCAUCCUGGGGAUUUAGAGGUUUAUGUAAGAGUGUUCAAGAAAUAAGUACAAGUGUUGGAAGGGUCAUCCACAGAGGGGAUAUAGAUAUAAGACAGGAUAUAUGGCUUCCUUCAAAAAAAGUGUCUUUCAAGAAUAGAGAAGUUGAGAGAGGAAGUGGUGUUGUAAAGGUGAAAGAUCUUUUUCAUCCUCAAGAAAAGAAGUGGAACUCCCAGUUAAUAUGGGCAACUUUUUCUCCCAACACGGCUAGAGAGAUUUUGAGUAUGCAUAUUUCUCAGGAAGAUAAAGAUGAUCAAGUUUGUUGGAUAGACAACAAAAUGGGGCAACCUACUGUCAAAUCCAUAUACAACCAAUUGAUUUUAGAGAAGUGUCCAAGGCAAAUUUCUAUCAGUGAAAGUAAAUUCUGGAAAAGGUUAUGGAAAAGUGACAUGAUGCCAAAAUGGAAAAUUUUUAUUUGGAAGAUAAUGAUUAGAGCCGUAGCAAUCAAAAGCAAUUUGCAAAAAAGAGGUAUGAGGGUGGAUGGAAGAGAUUGCUCUAUGUCAAACCAUAUAUGGAAAGCCUCCUCCUUGGGGAUAAAUGCUGGUGUAAAUCAGCAUAUUGAUAUCAGAGAAUGGAUUAAGAAUUUUAUGUGUCUGUUUUGGAAUGAAGAUGGGAGUCACAGCUCAAGAGUUUUAAUGUUUGUGGCAACCUUAUGGUCGAUUUGGUUGCAUAGGAAUGAAUUUUUUUUUAGAAACACUGAACCAAAUCCUAGCAACAUCUUGCAGCUCGUGGAAAAGCAUGUAAAGAAAGCAAUGGAGGUUGUUAAGAAGAAUCGAAGACCAGAAUGCAAACAUCAAUAUCAAACAAUAAGGGAAAAAGUGGUUGAGAUUAAAGGCUGUCAUGAUCGGGGUACUACUAGCCUCAUUAUUGUUGGAUCAUGGAAGAAAAAUAGGAAGAAGGAUUAUGGUGAUGCAGCAAUUGGGUGGAAGAUUAUGGACAACAAUAGCUUGGUUGCACAAGAUGGACAAAAGGUGAAAGCUCUAGACCCUUGUCAAGCUGAAAUGAAGGCCAUUUUAUUUGCGAUGCAGAGAGUGGAUCAGCUGCAUAUAGGAAGCAUAAGGAUCUUAACAAACUCAAGAUUCAUUAUUAACACUUUUAAAAGUUACCCAGCUUGCAGAAUGGAUCUAGUAACGAUAUGUGGAGACAUUAUAAGGGUAGCAAAUGCUUUAGAUAACUGCAGUAUAGAAUAUUGUAAUAAGGAUAAAAUUAGGAAUGUUAAAAACAUAGCUGUAGGUGCUAGAAAGGAUAGGUAG